AUGAAUCGUAAAGACGAAUGCAUCGCUGUGGCCAACGAGUUGACGCCAUAUCAGGACCUUCGCGGUUUUGACUUACGGGGUCAGAUGGAAGGGGCAUCGUUAUUGCUUACUAUUAGCAGGACAACUCUGACAAUCGGUGGCCCGCUAACAUCACGAUUUUGUGGCCAUCAAGGUUCCGAAGAAGCCGAGGACGUCGAAACUUUUAGCCAGAAUAAAGACUGA